UCGAGCCGUCGUACCCGUCCCGGCAGAGAGCGAAUGCUGAGUUAACUGGUCCACGUCCUCGCUUGUCCUAGGAGGGGAAGCCUGCUGCCGCUAUACCCACCAAGCUGCGGCGUUCGGGUGCUUUCUCCAGGAAGGCGGACGUAGAAAGUCUCCCGAGACCCUACAGACGUCAGACCUACCCAAGACUGGCUACACUUGCUAUAAGAAUCCUCUUUGGCAUCCUCACCCCCUCCCUUGUAGAAUUUCCGUUUCCCACGUAGACCCAACAUCCAAUAACCCGAUAGCACGGCCACCCGUCCCAGACCCAAGUACUUUACUGCAAAUAACAUCCCAAAUAGUCGACACGGUAGAACAAAAAGUCACAUAGGACACUCUCUCAGCCGAAUCGCGACCGAUAUGGAGACCAUAACUACCAUCACCAACGCGGCAAGCAAGGCCAUUUGGGGUACGAACGAAGCCAAUCAGGAGCCUGUUUCUGGUGUCAAGGGAAACACCAACCAGGGCGAACCGUAUGAUGCUGGCAACAUUGAAGAUCCGCUGGCUAAGGAGAAGAAGGCCAACAUAGCAGACGCCAAUAACGCCUCUGGCACGACUGGGCCAGCGUUGACCUCUGAGCCCACUUCAACUACGGGCCUUACCACGAAUUCUACUCCCAACACAAGCACUGCUUUAACCGAGCCAACUGGAGCCUCUGCAACAGACGAUUCGUCAACGCACAAGUCGAACCCUCCUACGGAGAACACGUUGCCAGACAGGUCUCGUGCUACGGAAGUCACCACGCCCCACAAGUCAUCUACGACUGGGGACUCUUCCGAGCACAGAGACAUCGGCAAACCCGAGUUGAAUAAAACUUCUCCCAGCGCUGCGCCUCCGGCCGAUAGCGCCGCUGGCAAGACCGACACACGCGAACCUGCUGAUCCGGCCACCGACCCUGCACCCAACGGCCAAGACGUCAGCAACAAAGCCUCCGGCCCCGUUGCUGGGGGUGAUAAACUCGCCGGCCCGGGUCCGAGGCCUUUGGAGAUCGUCGCCAAGGAGCGCGGAGGUGACGCCGGCAAUGCCAAGGACUCGGCCAAGGGCGGUUUGGUGAAGGAUGACUCAGCAUCAGGUAUCGAAGACAAAAACGAAAACGACCCCAGAGAGCCUAGCCACGGCGAGGGCACGGGUGAGAAAUAUGUCAAGAGUACUGGUCUGGCUGUUGAUGGUGGUGACUUCGAUGCAACCAAGCCUGGCGCCGGCCGCGAGGCAGACCGCAAGUGCCUCCUAGACGAGAAGGACCCUGCUCACGCCGCUGCCAAGGCUGGCGGUAAGUCUAUUAGUGACAAGACAAGCGACAAGACAAGCGACAAGACAAGCGACAAGACAAGCGACAAGACCAGCGAAGUUCGCACUCACAGCCCCAAUUCGGGUACUGAGACAGAGAAGGAGAGCCUCAAGGACAAGAUUAAGGCCAAGCUCCACCGCCACUAG